CUUCGUUUGUCGGUGUUACAGAUGUGUAAGCUUUGAUGAGUAAGGGGUGUGACAUGGCGGCUAACACAUUAAUUCAUCCCAUCCACCCAUGUGGGGAUAAACAUUCGAAGAGAUGAAAAGAAGAAAGAGAGGUAAGAGAGAAUGCUGCCAAGCAACAACUUUUGCGGGAUGCGGGGUGCAUAUCCACUUCCUUGUCCUGGCGCAUGCCAACUCAGAGGUUACGAAGUCUGCCUUUCCCCCUUUCUCGGCUUCGUUAUCUCCGCACCAGUGUAGUUUCCGGUGGCUUGAGCGGAGUCUGACGCUGCCUCGGUGUUGGACUCGUACGAGGCCAGAUACGCUCGGACCAGGCAGUGGUGAGAGUGGCGCGUAUGACUCCGCAGUGGACUGUUGCACUGCAGCCUGUAACUACCUGGUAUUGGGAUAGUGACAGGAAAUGUGGACGGAUUGCAAUCCAUCAGCCAAGUGGAUCCAGUACCGUGCUCAUCAGCUGAUGUCUACCCUUCUAAUCCGUACUCUCGACCAUAUUGAAAAGUGCUCUUGCAGCUCGGACUGCCAGUAUCUGCUACUUACUAGGUAUAUUUUGAUAUCGCGCUUUCCGCCGUUUUGACAUUGGU